UUCAGCAACCCAAUGAAACGAUUCGAUUUAAAGAUGACUGCACGUCUCAAAAAGUAUUUCACGUAUAAUUAUGAUAAAAACAUUGUUGAGCUCUUCAAGCCUCUUUACGUCUUGCUUUCAAUAACAGGAUUAUUUCCCUACGCCAUCGAAUUACCUAAAGGAAGACACGACACCAUAAUAAUACGCAAGUCAUUGAUUUCACAUUCCUUGGGAGCACUUUUAUUCAUAGCCUUUCUUUCGUUCUACUUUACUCAAAAGAUACAAAUUUUGAUGAACACGGCCGCAAUGAGUUCUGUGACUAAUAUCACGAAUAUUAUGGAAAUUACAGUGGCUCUUCUAUGUGCAAUCGUUAUUUAUUUUUCUGCAUUCCGAAACGCUAAUACAUACGUACAUAUUCUUAAAGAUAUAGCUUCUUGCUGGGCUGACUUGUGUCACGUAAAUGUUACUCCUAUACUGGUAUUCCUACGCAGAUUACUCACCUACCCAGCUUUAGUUUGGCUUGUGAUAUUUUCAUAUGUACAAAUUACUCUAUUUGUCAUUGGCACUCAGAAAGUAUACAAACAGCUCAUAUUCUUCACUGUGCCCGACGCUAUACCCAGCCUGAUAGUCGCAUUUUAUAGCGCCAUGGUCUUAUUGAUAAUUUGUUUGUUGAAAAAUAUAGAAGAGCAUUGUCAAAUUAUUGUCAACGCCAAGAGAGUUAGAACAGCUUUCGCCAUAGAUUGUUCUGUAACGAAUGUCCGAACAGUAACCUCAGGUGGGUCGACUAAAGAUUGGGUUUGUCUUGAGAAUUUAGAGCAAGUUUACGUAAAGGUUUUGGAGAUAAAACAGGACAUCAACAACGCGUUCCAAGCGCCGAUAUCACUGAUCAUAAUCCAAUGCUUCCACGGCAUCUUGAGUGAUGCGCACACACUCUACAGUGAAAUUGUUGUGAACAUGCGCUUCGAUGCUCAUCUGCUGGUGGAGCAGGUCUUCUUGGUGUUAUAUUCUUUGGCGAAAAUGUAUGCCUUGACGUUCACGGGAACUCUGUUGAAGGAUGAGGCAAGUUUGAACUAG